GGCGGAAGCGCGCAGACCGGAGCGCAGCGCAGCGCGGAGAGCCGAAGAUGGGCGUGUGAGCAGCAGCGCCGCCGCGAUUAUUUAUCCACGCCAGGGGGGACCAGCGGUAAUGCGCGAAUGGGGUCUGAGGGGGCGGAGAUGGGGAAAUGUCCAGAACAGGACACUGGAAAUGCUGUCCAGACGCAUAUCACUCCUUCCAGCAAAGAUUUACAGGACAAUGUAAACAGGUACACUCUUGGCUGGCUGAACGCUCCACCAAAUGCUUGCUGCUUCUGCUGGUGCUGUUGCUGUAGCUGCUCCUGUCUUACAGUAAGAGCUUCGAAGGCAGAGAAGAUUCAAGAGACGAUACAAGAAAAGCAAAACGAAGCUACAGCUGAGGAACCAGCUGGUCUGACACUAGAGGAGGCCACUUCGUGGGCAAAAUCAUUCGAGCACUUGAUUAAGAGCCCGAAUGGCCGGUCUAAUUUCCGCCAAUUCCUCAAGAGUGAGUUCAGUGAGGAGAACCUGUUGUUCUGGCUGGCCUGUGAGGAGCUGAAGAAGGAGACCAACAGAACUGUGGUGGAACAGACUGUUAAGCAAAUAUAUGAGGAUUAUGUCUCUGUGCUGUCACCUAGAGAGGUGAGUUUGGAUUCCCGUGCACGCGAGGUGAUUAGCAAGAACAUGAUGGAUCCGUCUUCGCAAACCUUUGAUGAGGCACAGCAGCAAAUAUAUACACUCAUGCAACGAGACUCAUACCCACGUUACAUGAACUCCAUCGUUUAUGCAGAUCUUAUUGUAAGUUUGGAAUCAACUAAAACAGCGGAGGAGUCCUAACACACAUACAGACUUACAUACAUGAUCGAUUGAUCUAUCUAUCUAUCUAUCUAUCUAUCUAUCUAUCUAUCUAUCUAUCUAUCUAUCUAUCUAUCUAUCUAUCACAAACUGUACAAUUCAGGGACUUCUGAAAUGUACAGUAAGAUGACUUUCUCAAACACAGGUACAGUCCUUACUGAAAGCACUGGAAUGACAAGGCCUGUUCUCUUGUUUUUGCUUCACACUAAAGACAUUUGGGCUUGAGACCAAAAGAUACAAGAAUAAGAUGAUAAGACAGAAACAUCAGCUUUAACGUCCUGAUAUUUAAAUCUAUUUUAGAUGUGUUAAAAAGCGUAAACAAAUGUACCAUUUGUUCAAAUCUGUCGUUUCUUCUAGUGAUCUGAAUUAUUGUAACAAGUGACUGACAGCUGUUUCCUGAUGUGCCCUGUUGGAUUGAUUGUUUAAACAAUUAAUAGCUAUGUCUGUCUUCCGAUUGUUUGAGAUUUGGGCAUGAACAGUUUAGGAUUAACCUGUAGAAUAAAUCUAAAUAAAGUGGGGGAAAGAGCAAGCCAUUUUAAAGCUGAAGAAAUAGCGGAAUGACCAAGAAUGGUGAUCUAAAAGCUCAAAGUGUAGAGAAAAAAAGGAUUUUAACAUGAUCCAAAACAUGGAAGCUCAAUUUUUAGGUACAAUGGAUGUAUAAUUACUUGAUUUGAAACAGGCUCACUUAUCCUUAAUGAUGCAUUUUGUGAUGGUAGCAGCUGAAUUAAAUCAGUAGGUCAGUGGCUUUAUACAACUAUUGCAAGCAAAGGAUAUGCCACCAAAUAUUCAGUAUUACUUUAAGUGUAACUGUUUGAAUAUUUAAAAUAUUUCAAAUCUGGGUGGUCUUCUAUCUUCUAAAUCCAUGUUCUAAGUAUCAUGUCUAGUUUUAUUCAUCUUUUGAUCUUAAAAUCCAAAUGUCUUCAGUAUCGAGCAAAUAAAAGAACUGGCCUUGCUGUUUCUAUACUUUCAGAGAGAACUGUAAAUCAUCCAGCAGCACACAACCUUAUCCAAUGACUUAAAUGGAUUUUUGCAUACCUCUCUGUCAGGUUACAUUCAUACACCUUGUACACUGCCCUCUGACCACCCUGACUUUCCAGUGUCCUGAUGUACUGUUACAUUCGUAUGGAUUUUAUAACACCGCAACUUAUUAGUUAGUGGUUAUAAGGGAAAAUGCUAUUAUCCUGCUUUGGUCUUAGAGUUUUACAAAGGACAUAAAGAUUUUAUUGAAAUAUUUCUCCGCCUUAGUUGUGCAAAGGGCACUGAAACGGCAGAUGAAUACUUGUGCCUUGCUAUACAUACAGAAGAGCUAUAUGAGGAUAUAUAACUACAUAAUAUAAAGUUAAUUACAAAUCAAGGUGCUUUCAAUGAUAGUAGAACAGCAACAUUAAUGACUACAUAUAAAUUGUAUAUAUAAUAUAUAUAUUAUAUUUCUCUCUCACACACACAUACACACACCUAUGAACAUCUGAAAUUGUACUUGGACCAACAAAGCUCGGAUUUGUGAUCUUACAAAUUUCUACAUGCAUGUUUUUGACGUACAGAGGAUGCAUUUGAUAUAUUCACUUGUGUAUACCGGGAUAAACUGUAUAAAGAGAUAUAAAUCAGUAGUAAAGCACAAUUAUUUGUCAAUUUGUCUCUCUUUUAUCUUCCACGGAAUACAAAUCAACUCAAAACUUUUUUUGAACUUUAUUUUAAGACUGUAUUCAAAACAUGCCUAAGGGCACAUUAGUAGACCAGGCUUGGCCCAAAUGAAGGUAUAUUCCUAAAUAUUUGAUUAAUUCCUGCAUGCAGUGCACAGCUUUUAUGUGGUGGAAUUAUAAAAGAAAGGUAUUUAUAUAUAAACAUUAUUCAAAGAUGAGAUUUCUUUAGAUUAGAAAAAAGGCCAGUGGGGAGGCUAAUGCAAAAAUUAUCACCUGUGAUGAGCAGAAAAGCAUAUUGCAACACACAACAUAUCAAACCUCAGAUGGUUUAGAGCAACAGAAGCUCAAGAGUAGACAAGGACAGGAAUCCUUAGCUACAAUGGGCACAGGAUUUAAGACCGUGUUUCCUUCAUUUUGUUUGAUGAACAUAAUCAAAGCUAUGUUUUAAUGCAUAGUGAUGCUGCUAAAUGAUUGGAGGUUUUGUAUAAUUGAAUGAUAAGGUUUGUAGGUGUUCCUAUGAAAGUGGCUGGUGUGAAUAAUAAAGUGUUAUGCAACGUG